AUGGAAGUUAAAAACAAAUCAGUUGUUUUGGAUAUUUUUCUACGUGGCCUCACAGAUGAUACAGAGCUGCAGCCACUCAUCUUUGUUUUUUUUCUAUGCAUGUACUUGAUUACCAUUUCUGGAAAUCUUCUUAUAAUGUUGGCCAUCAACUGUGACCGCCAUCUUCACACCCCCAUGUACUUCUUUCUCUGUCAUCUGUCUUUUAAUGACAUAUAUUUAAUCAGCAUCACAGUCCCAAAGAUGUUGGUGAACAUACAAACACAGGAUCAGAGGAUCACUUAUGCAGGCUGCCUCAGCCAGGUCUGCUUUGUUGUAGUUUGUACCAUUUUUGAAUGUUUUCUCCUUGGAGUAAUGGCCUAUGACCGUUACAUAGCCAUUUGUAAUCCUCUACGCUAUACAGUUCUCAUGAACCCCUGCUUCUGUAUUAUUCUGGUUCUUAUCUCUCUAACCAUUAGUAUUGUAAAUGGGCUUGUGCAUAGUCUGAUGGUACUGCACUUGUCCUUCUGCACAGACCUGGAAAUCCUCCACUUCUUCUGUGAAAUUGCACAAGUCCUCAAGCUUGCCUGUUCUGACAGCCUCAUCAACAACAUCUUGAUAUUUGUUUCAGCUUCUAUUUUUGCUGGUGUUCCUCUCUAUGGAAUAAUUUUUUCUUAUACUCACAUUGUGUUUACAGUAUUGAAAAUGCCAUCAUCAGAAGGAAAGUACAAAGCCUUUUCCACUUGUGGGUCUCAUUUGUUGGUUGUUGCCUUGUUCUAUGGAACAGGUUUUGGUGUAUACAUUAUCUCAAAUGUAAUUGAUUCACCAAAGAAGAUCGCUGUGGCUUCAGUGAUGUAUUCAAUAAUUCCUCCAAUGAUGAAUCCUUUUGUUUAUAGUUUGAGAAACAAAGAUAUGAAGGAGGCCCUGAAGAAAGUUGUUGGUAGGAUAGCCUCUCUUCUGUGA